AUGGGAUCAAUCACGGACCUAGUUGACUUCCGCGCGGCUGACCUAUUUCCUGAUGAUGCUAUCAACUGGGGAUGCGAGAAAAAUUCCCAAAAUCUCGUGAAGGAAGAGAGCACAGGAAAAUAUUUCUACAACAGAACAGUUACUGGUGGAGUAAAUAAAACUUACUGCGACUUUGCAAGCAGAGAUGAGCUGGAAAUUAAACUAAAGCAACGUAGAACGAGUUUGAAAGCUGCAAUAGAAGCUUACAUGGAAGAGGUACGAUGCAACCAAAAAUAUAGAGUAAAAUACGUGCAUGAAUUUUCAUAUUGUCUUAGGUACCAUAACUCGAAAUUGAAAUUUGAGGUGUAUAUCAGUUCAGCGCAACCAGUUAAAUGUCAAACAUGCAUGUAAUCGCCAUAAACCAAGCUAAUAAAUUCAGUUCCUGAAAAAAUGGCAUUAAAUCAUGGACCGUUUUUUACAAACGUCAGUGUCGCGCGCGCUUUUAUUAUGGGGAUAAUUUUAAGUUGCCAACUGGCUACUUACUAAGUUUUUUGUACGUUUGCAUGGCGAUAAAACAUAUAAUAGUUCUGUUUGUGGAAACACCACUUCUAUUUAUUACUGCAAAGCUUUCGAUCCGUAAGCCCGGAUCUUCAUCAGUGCUAAUAAUAUGUAACUUCUUCAACUUACGCGCCCUUUUUAGAUACAAAAGUGUCAUGAUCUGUGGGCUCGCGUCAUUUGAAAUUUAAUUAAACGGUACAUUAACCACGUCAUUUCAAACGUAGUGAAGUGAUUCUAAUUAUAGAUAGAUUUAGAAAAGACGACGCGACCUCAAAGACGACGUGGGUGUCGUCGUUUAGCGACGUGGAUGCAGUGAACUGUAACAACACUGGAACGCUAACUGCAGGUAAACAUGCCCAUACUUGCCCGAAGCCAAGAUGGCGCUUCUCGCAAGCUUAGCGAGCAAUAAAUUAACUUUCAAAAGGACUGGGGAGAGUUUCGAGGAGCGGGAAAUCAGUCAAAGGUUGUUUUUGAGCGAAAAUCAGCAAGGAAAAGCACUUUUUUAUCGAAAGUCUUCAACUUUAAAGAUUCAAACCUGGUUUCCUGGAUAGUUCUAUGUAUUUUACAUCCACAAACAGCAAAAACUUCCUGGGUAACAGCUUGAUAUUCAAUAUAUUACAGAAGUUUAAACGUGCCGAAAAAAACUUCGCACUUUGACUCCUGAAAAAAGAACUCUAUAACUGCUCUACGUUCUGGAAACAUGUUUUGUAUUAAAUUUUAGGUAUUGCUGAAAGUUUUCAGCUUUUUUCCUCGUUGAACUACAGCUAUUUAGUUGUCGAAAACGGACAUCUUUUAGGCGGCGUAUUUUCCACUCCAUACCUACAUGGCAGCCAUCAUGAGUGUCUUCAAAGAUGGCGGCCAAGUUAUCGUUCCAGUUCUCUUAGAGUUCACUGCGUGGAUGUCGUCAUUCAACUAUCGUCAGCUUCUGGUUUGCCACGUCGUCUUGGACGAUUUCUCGACGCGAAAGUACAAUUUUCACGUCCUCUCUAGAACUUUACAGAUUUAUGCUUCUUUUGAAAGAAAUAUGAAAGUAAGCAUGAUAAAAAUAUCCUAUUUUGUUGUCAUCCUAUUAUGUAUUGUUUAAUGUUUCUAGUUAAAGGUUUUUCAUUGACAAGGUUGUUUUUCUUGUAUUUCGCUAAGUUUUGAACGUGUUAAUUUUUGACAAAUACUUUCCGUCGCUAUAACAAAACAACAAAACUGCAAGCAUUGUUAAUAACCACUUCAAUACCGCUAGUUUUCGUCACCAAAGCAAACAUUUUAGAACAAACUGAACUGAAGUUAUAUUAACAACUGUUUAAAAUCAGGAAAACUUGGGAAGAUAGAAGAAUAAAAGCACUUAAAAUCAAUAAAAACUCAAUCAAUUUUAGUUGCUCUGCCACAAUAGUGCGAAGAAGUAGAAGUAAAAAAACGCUUUCCUGCGUGAAAAACUAUCGUAAACAGUAUUAAAUUUUACCAAUAUAAGCACUGAUGUAUUAUUUAUACUAAACAGUUGACAAACUUGAUUGAAUAGGCUACAAACUAAAGCAUUUAGCUCGUAAACAAAAUCUGCAGCUAUAGUGUUUAUUCCAAAUUAUGCAACAAAGUUUACUUUUCAAAAUACCGAAAUAUACGUCUUUUUCUAAGAAAAAUUUUGGAAUGCUCAUACUAAUUCAUCAGGAAACACUUGGCCAGUAUUAUAUAGCCUUUUUUGCACAUAACUUGACAAUUGAUUGAAAACAAUACAGGAAUGAGCAGGUAACAAGAAAACAAAAAUUUGCUUCGAAAAAGACAUACAAGCCGUCCCGGAUUAAAACCCGGAAGUGAACGCGAGGUGCAUACGUCAUUUUCACGUCGUCUUUGAGGUCGCAUCGUCUUUUCUAUAUCUGUCUAAAAACACGCGCGCAUCCAACACAAGAGAAAUUAAUUUAAUUUCGGCCAUUAAAGAGAGCACGCAACGUACGAUCUAGUGGCUUUCCCUACUGAUCUCUAGUAUUGUGCUUCUCGAUUUCAAUUGACUCUCUCAUUUUGCGAGAGAAUAUCAGUCGUCUGAUGAUUUACCAUACUUUGGUCCGGCUUCACACAAAAUCGAGAGGAUUUUGAAGAAUGAAGCAGGUAUAAAGGUAUACCAUUCCAGCGAAAACAAAUUGUUUGGAGCUCUUUGCGCACAUAAGGACAACAUGAAUGAAUCUCAGAAAAUGCACGGCUAAUUAUACCCGGGUAUGUGAAAACAUAGCGAAGUGCAAAGUUGUCCUCUAUUUUGUUUAUGUCGUGGUCGGUUUUCGACGUUAUGCGCAUGCGCGAGUACAAGCUCUUUUCUAAUAAUUGUUUUUCAUUUUGGAAAGACGUAUUUUGCUGUUUUACAGCAAUUAGGUGUGCCGCAUUCCUUGUGAAUGUGGUCUAGUUUACAUUGGUUAAACUGGUCGAAAUAUCUCAGUACGCCUAAAGGAACAUAAGACGAAUUGCGAGAAAGUUGAGCAAGAUAAAUCUGCUGUGGCUAAACAUAUUUGGACUUACGACCAUCGUAUAAAAUGGGACGAAGCAACCAUUUUGGCGAUUAAUAACAUAAGUUCUCUCGCAAAAGGAGAGAGUCAAUUUAAAUCGAGAAGCACAAUACCAUAGAUCAGGAGGGAAAGCCACUAGAUAGUACGUGGUGUGCUCUCUUUAAUGUGCGAAAUUAAUUUCUCUUGUCUUGGGUGCGCGCGCGUUAAUUAGAAUCACUCAACUACGAAAUGACGUGUUGAUUAAAUUUCAAAUAUAAUCGAUUAAAGGUCCUUUAAUUAAAUUUCAAAUCACGCGAGCCAACAGAUCACGACACUUUGGUAUAUAAAAAGGGCGCGUGCAUUGAACAAGUCACAUAUUAUUAGCACUGAUGAAGAUUCGGGCAUACGGAUUGAAAGCUUUGCAGUAAUAAAUUGACGUGCUGUUUCCGCAAACAAAACUAUUAAGAGGCUGUCUCUCUAAGAACCGACCAAUGACUCUCGGCUCAUACAAUGAAAUUCUUCGUUACUUUCACAAUGAAAUGUAUUUACCCCAAGAACAAACAAACACUAUUUGGAAUUUUGAAAUCUUAUUAAUUUUUAAAAUUUCCGCGCCGUCGGGCAGAAAAUCCUCUGCCUAAAUCAGGAAUAAAAAUUAGCCGAAUUCAAAUACAUAUAAUUUUAAAAGUAUUCAACCACAUUUUAUGAUUUUUUCACCCACGUACGUGAAAAUUAUUCUACUUUAAAACUUGCCUUGUUUUAUGAUACUUUUACAGAAAGAUUAUGGCAAACUUUAGCGAUAACAAGCACCGGGUGUAAAUACGGCUUUGUACGCAUAUCAAAUUCGACUUUAAAUUUCUCAAAAGUGGCACCUAACUGGAUUCAGUGACUAAUAUGGUUAAAGAGAGGGAAGUUUGAAGUACCCAUAUCCACAAUAAAACUUGUUACCAACCGCGAUUUGAAGACUCGACAGCCUCUAAAAUUUGAUACAAUUUGGCUAUUUUGUUUAGCUUCAAUUAUAGCGGAGUUGAGACGUCAGAGAUUCCAGUCACUUGUAAAAUGCGCUGUUGUUCCGUUUUUUUACACAAGCCGUUAAUAUCAUCGUAGUUAAGCGAUUUUUCUGUGUUCGUGAACAUCACAAGUGGAUUUAAUUAAAAAGGAUUUCGAUAGAUGCAGCGAGGUAUUAUUAAACGUGGUACGCUUUCGUAUUAAAAUUAGCUACUCGGGGAAAAUCCGAAAAUUAUUGUCAAAUUGACAAUACUGAUAUUUAUUAAUCUAAACUCUGUAUGUCUAUUCUGCACGAUUGGGAAUGAAUUUAAGAGGUUAUCUCUCUUAUAAGAACCGACCAAUGGCUCUAGGCUCAAAAAAUGAAAUUCUUCGUUACUUUCACAAUGUCUUUUAUGAUUUUUCUCGCCCACGCACGUAAAAUUUAUUCUAUUUUGAAACUUACCUGGUUUUAUGAUGCUUUUACAAAACUAUCAUGGCAAACUUUAGCGAUAACAAGCACCAAGUCCAAAUACGGCUUUGUACACAUAUCAAAUUCGACUUUAAAUUUCUCAAAAGUGGCUUCUAACUGGAUUAAGUGACUAAUAUGCUUGAAAAAAGGGAAGUUUGAAGUACCAAUAUCCACAAUAAAACUUGUUACCAACCGCGAUUUGAAGACUCCCAGAGCCUCUGAAAUUUGUUACCUUCAAUUAUCGCGGAGUUGAGACGUGGUUAGGUUAAAACGCGGAAGCGGAUGCGGAACGGAACGGAUGCGGAACGGAUGUGCGGAACGUAACGAAACUGAUAUGGGGGUAAAACGCGGAACGGAACGGAUAUGCGGAACGGAACGGAACGGAUAUGGGGUUAAAAUGUGGAACGGAACGGAUAUGGGGUUAAAAUGCGGAACGGAACGGAAAUGCGGAACGGAACGGAACGGAUAUGGGGUUAAAAUGCGGAACGGAACGGAUAUGGGGUUAAAACGCGGAACAUGAAAAAUCAUGUCUGUUUUUAAAAAACGUUUUAUUCCCGUUCGGCGUUUUAACCCCAUAUCCGUUCCGUUCCGCAUUUUACCCCAUAUCCGUUCCGUUUCGCAUUUUAACCCCAUAUCCGUUCCGUUCCGCAUUUCCGUUCCGUUCCGCAUUUUAACCCCAUAUCCGUUCCGUUCCGCAUUUUAACCCCAUAUCCGUUCCGUUCCGCAUAUCCGUUCCGUUCCGCAUCCGCUUCCGCGUUUUAACCUAACCCAGUUGAGACGCCAGAGCUUCCAAUCAUUUGUAAAAUGCGCCGUCGUUCCGGGUUUUUUUCCAUACAAGCCGUUAAGCGAUUUUUCCGUGUUCAUGAACAUCAGAAGUUGUUUUAAUUCGAAAAGAUUUGGCUCGAUGCAGCGAGGUAAACGUUACAGUGAGGUAAGCGAGGUAAAAUAGAGUCAUUGCUAAUUUUGGCACUUCCCGUCAUAAACAGUCUAAUCGUGCAACAAUUACUGCCAUUUAUUAGCAGAAAACCAGAAACAUGGCGUAUUGUCUUGUUUCUAUAGCUUCUCUUCCGUGUAAUGCACAGCAAUUCCAUUAGUAUAUAUUUGAAAAUUUCGAUUCCCCACUAUAUCUUCACAUGAUACUUUAUUGAGGGUAAUUUACGCAUUAAUUAACAUUCCCCUUUUUGAAUACAUCGUGGACAGUUUAUACCAUUAUUCUGGCCGACGUUUCAUAUAAGAGUCCCCACAUGCCCUGGCCUACCCACCCCCCCAGUACGAUCCUACCCCAACCUCGCGUUUUUGUGACGUCAUUUGAAAACUCUUGUAUGAAAAUAAACUUCACCCUUUAUUAGCUCUCCUUAACUUUUUCCCGACAACCGGUUUCGUAUUACAUUUCGAUACAAUUUUUCUAAUAUAAAUAUCUCGGCGAGUAUUUACCCCCCUAUUAAAUAAAUGCCACCAUUGAAAUCCUCACAAUAUAACCUUUCGAACGGGGGGUCAAGUGCCGUCAAAACAUUACACAAACCGAAACAAUCAUAUAUUUACACUCACCGCUUCGCCAAACAUUCAAACGAGAAAAUUAGAAAAAGUUGAAUAUAUUCUAAACUUUGGUGUCAUUUCCUGAAAGGAUAUGUGUAAAAUACUCUUUGUAUUCAAGCGCUUUCGUGCAGAAAGUUUCGUAUGUAUACGCCGACUAGAAAUAUUUAUUCUGAAUUUUUCAAGGUAUCGGGUUUUACUAGCACGCGCUUGUAUUACGUAAUACUUGGCCAAUAAGGAGCUCCCUUUAGCCGGGAUGACGUAAAACUCACGCGUAUGUGUGCACUUUGACCUGUAGAAUCCAUUUCUGGCAUUUCCAGAGUCACGCGAUGCAAGCGUCGCAUUGUUUUGACGGUUUUUCUUCGUAUUUCCGGUUGGGAUUAACGCAUAUUCGGAGCAGAAAUACAAAAUUCGGCACUAAAUGUCGAAUUUUAAAGAUAGAAGCUUGAAAAUAACACUAUACGUGUUAUUUUCAACUUCUUAUUGCAGCAAGAACAUCAGAAUGAGCAUACGUCUCAAUGGAACGAAGUUAUAUUCGGCGAAAGGUAUGUUUAUGUUUAUAAUUUGUCAGUAAUAUUGCGUAAUUUGAUCAUAUUUAUUCAUAUACGAGCUCGUUUGACUUUCAAAGCUCAUAAAUCGCUAUAAUGUUGCCAUUCACUAAAUCUAUCGAUAGGAAUGAGUAGCUAUCGUUACACUGAAUCGAAUGGUGGUAUUUUGGUCCACGUAGCAUUUACCGAACUGAAGAUAUGAACCGCAAUGAGUGAUUUGUUUAAUAGGGACCUGUCGGGAAUUCCAGGUGAAGUUGAUAUAAAGGUCCUCAAAUGACAUCACAAUAGAGGUGGGGUGGGUGUAGGGUAGGGGUCAGGAUAGAGUUGGGGUCAUUUGGAGACUAUUCCAUAUAUGACUGUUCUAUUAAAUUUCAGCCAAGCCCUGGUUGAAACACUAAUAAUUCGAACUAUAAUCCAAAUCCAAUUCAAUUGGCAUGCACGAUUGCAACUGGAUCUUUUUGAAUAAUCAGUAUCUAUAGUAGUCUUCUAGAUCAAGUCUUUUUUCCAGUUUAAAUUCAUUUCCAAUCGUGCAGAAUAGACAUACAGGGUUUAGAUCACAGAAUAAGGAUUUAGAUUAAUAAAUAUCAGCAUUGACAAUUUGACAAUAAUUUCCGGGUUUUCCCCGAGUAGCUAAUUUUAAUACGAAAGCAUACCACGUUUACCUCGCUGCAUCGAUCGAAAUCUUUCCGAGUUAAAUCUACUUGUGAUGUUCAUGAACACAGAAAAAUCGCUUAACGACGAUGAUAUUAACGGCUUGUGUAAAAAAACGGAACAACAGCGCAUUUUACAAGCGACUGGAAGCUCUGAUGUCCCAACUCCGCUACAAUUGAAGCUAAACAAAAUAGCCAAAUUGUAUCAAAUUUCAGAGGCUGUCGAGUCUUCAAAUCGCGGUUGGUAACAAGUUUUAUUAUGGAUAUUGGUACUUCAAACUUUCCCUUUUUUAACCAUAUUAGUCACUGAAUCCAGUUAGGUGCCACUUUUGAGAAAUUUAAAGUCGAAUUUGAUAUGCGUACAAAGCCGUAUUUACACCCGGUGCUUGUUAUCGCUAAAGUUUGCCAUAAUCUUUCUGUAAAAGUAUCACAAACAAGGCAAGUUUCAAAGUAGAAUAAUUUUCACGUUGGUGGGUGAAAAAAUCAUAAAAUUUGGUUGAAUACUUUUAAAAUUAUAUGUAUUUGAAUUCGGCUAAUUUUUAUUCCUGAUUUAGGCAGAUGAUUUUCUGCCCGACGGCGCGGGACCGAAAAGUCGCUGAAAUUUUAAAAAUUAAUAUGAUUUCAAAAUUCCAAAUAGUGUUUGUUUGUUCUUGGGGUAUAUACAUUUCAUUGUGAAAGUAACGAAGAAUUUCAUUUUAUAAGCGGAGAGUCAUUGGUCGGUUCUUAGAGAGACAGCCUCUUAAGUGGCUGUCUCACUAAGAACCAUGCAGAGCGUUUCAGGUUGAAAAUUAGAUUUCCUUUAUAUUUUUACCAUGAACUACCUUUGUCCUAAAAGGUAUUAAACUAAUAUUAGAAUUUCUAAAUUUUUCUUAUUUUUUGAGUUAUGACAAAUUUUUGUCUGGACGUCAGCGACACUGAAAUGUGACCCCGAAAACAGCGGUAAAAUGUGUGUUAAAUUGUGCAUCAUAACUCAGGAAGUUUCGCGUCAAAUUAAAAACUUUUUUCAGCGUAUUGAGACAUAUUCUUCUUCUUUUAGAAUGUUGAAAGUAUUUGAAUGUACAUCUUAUUUUAAGCCUACUAGUCUCCAUCCAAGGAUGUCGGUAUUUUCAUUCGCCGAACAACAUAUGAUUAGGUACAAAAUUCAAACUAAAAAUUCUCAAAAGUGCAACCUACCUGGUGUCUAAAACGCUUUUAGGGUUAAAGUAGAAUACUUAAAGUUAUGUUAUUCGCAAUAAAACUUGUCGGCAAAAGGAAUAUGAAGGAGUGCAAAAUUCAUAAAUUAUGGCUAUAAAUAGCUCUAUUGUUUACCUUUGUCAUAUGCCUUUGUGAUAACCGGAAACACGUUCAAGGUUGCUCGCGGAGUUUUUAUAGUGACUAAUAUAUUGCACAAUCAUUGUAUUUAACUCAGAAAAGUUUAAUUCGAUCGAUGAAAUGCGACGGAUCUUUGAGGUCUAAAACGGUCAGAAGAAAUAAAUUCGUCUAGGACGUUGUAUCCCUCAUGAUCGGACAAUGUCAAUGUCGUAAAUGUGUGUUGCCGUAAUUAACGUCGCAUCGAAUUAAUAAAUUGAAUCCAUGAAGUUGUUAUUAUAUUCUGUUAAAAGUUUUCCGCAUUGCCCAUUUGUGAGAAUUUUUGUCCUUUCAUGCAAACCAUUCAAUUCAUCUUAUAAAACGAUCUUAGUUGCAUUGACAUUGACUAGCUGCGAAGUAUACUGAGAUCUGUCCUUUAUUUUUAAUCUAUACAGCAAUAAUAAUUUUUUCAGUAGUUUGCAGCUAAUCGCCAUUCUGUGAAUAACUUUCCACUUCAAUUGGUAUUUUUCAGCAAAAGUUGAUUUGUCUCAUAAUAAUAGUAUAAAUUAUACCAAUAAAAAAUACAUUACAUCGUAGUUUGCAUGCGGUGUUUUUUAUAGUGCUUAAUUUGGGUUAGAACAAUGACAUCUCUCGACAUGUCCAAGUUAGUCUGGGAGUAUUUGUCCGCACCUGCACAGUUUAGUUAUUUAUGUGGAAACAUGUGCAUUGCCCAAUCAUGGAUGGUAUUUUAUCUAUGAGAGUCUGUAUUUUAUCCUUUGAUUUGAACUGAAGUUCAAAAUGCACACAAAUUUCUUUCAGCAUCGUUAUUUUAAAAACAGAUGGGCUCUUCUGUUUGUACAUGUGAUAUAAAUCAUACGCGUCAUGGUAUAUAAGAUGGCAUACGUCGAUCUCAGCAAGCAUUAAUUUUCCACAAGUUGUCCACAAGCAUUUCUCUUUGUGCUUUCGCCUCAAAAUGAAGAACACGUAAACUUACGCAUUCUCCUUCAUGAAGAACACGUAAACUUACUCUAGUUAUCUGCAGUUUCCCUCCGCGUCAUUAAAGUACUAAUUACAACACGUAAAGAAUUAAUUACAACACGUAAAGAUUUAAUUAACGAUAUAUUGGAUAAGUUGCAGGAAAGUAUGGGUAAUAUCUUCAUUCUUUGCAGUUUGUCAUGGAUUAAAUAAUAAAGGUCUGCAUGAUUUUGAAAAAUGAAUGAUUAUUAGCAAAUUAUUGGGGGGCUGCAGCCCCCCAGGCCCCCCCCCCCCGCGGUCGCUACGGCCCUGGAGAGGGUCUGGGGCUUUCUCCCCCAGAAAAUUUUUGUAUUUUUCUACCCCUAUGACUGCAAUUCCCUGCAUUUUCUGAAACAGAUUUUUGGAUAUACAGCAUUACAUUAUGCUGUAGAUAGACUGAACCUUCAGUUAAGUACUUGCAUAGUAUGUUUUUUAUGUAGAUACCACAACUUGGCCGUCACUUAGGGAGCCAGCUUGAUAAACUUAGAGUUCCCGACUCCCACGAAGCGCCACCAUGGUUGGCACAGAACGGAAAUAUUUUGAAAAUUUUGCGUCUCUAAAUCAUCGGAAAUGGCAUUUUCAAAGUCUUCUAUACGUCUUUUGUUUGGCCCUUUCAUUAAUUCGUUCAUUAUGAUUUGUGAGUCUAUGAUAUCCGCGAGUCAGGAUGGAUUAUUACGAGAAAUGUUAUCAAAAUAUCGAUUACAGAUAUUUGAUUAUAUGUAUAUAUGAUUUCAAAUACUUCUAGUUUCGAAAUCAAAUUGGUUUUUUUUUGGUGGGGGCCAAAAUUACCCCCCCCCUUAUAAAACACUUGGUUGAGGGCCUGUUGCCCCUUGCGGUCACUAACUAGUCCAACAACUCAAAUCUAUAGGGUCUGGGAAAUGCAAUCCACUGCCUGGGAAAUGUUUAAAAUCUAAUAAGGUAUUUAUUAAACAUAAAAGACAGGACAUAAGAUUCACAAAGCAAAUUUCAGUUACUAGAAUAUCAAACCUCCCUUCUAAAUUCCAUGUUUUGCUUAUAUUUUAGAGAAAAGGGACUUUGACUGGGGGGCCAAAAUGGUUGAGUGGGGGGGCCACCAUGGGGGCUGGGGGGGGGCUUUGCCCCCCCCCCCAGUUAUAUAGUUAAAAAAUGCCCUGCUUAGCGGCCUCCAAGAUCGUUCCAAAUUGUGACGGUGGGACGGACAAAUAAACAUCAUCUUAAAUUGGUCUUCGGUAAGAUUGAACAUUCCCGCGCGAAUAGCAAUUAACUCGUUUCCUCUCAAGUUCGAUUUAGAAAGAUGACAGUUUGAUAGUUGAACACUCAUAUCUUCCUUACAAUCAAAUAAGCAACUAAUGUCCUGUAAUCCACGACUUUCACCACAAGAAAUUCCACCAACGCCAAAAAAUGAACAACUUUUCUCCAUAAUCAAAACUAAACUAGUAAGCUUCUAGAAAUAUGUAAAAACGGCACUUCUUUGCGUUAAUUUUCUGUUAAACAAAACAGGUGUGGAAAUUACAAAGGAACACUGUAAUUGAUAUUAUUUAAGAGGUAAGUUAUACUCCAAUAAUUAGUUUUAACAAUGGCACAUUGAAGAACAAGAACAGCUUGUAUACAUUGCGUCUGCCAUUAUUUUCUGCUAUUAUUUUCGUGUUUUUUUAUUAUUAUUUUAUAAAUUAAAGAAACUUAAACUGAAUUGGCUACCAACGUAAUCCCCUUGGCAUACAGACUACAGUAAGGCCACAUAAAAUAAGUCCUUGAUUCUCAUCACCGCCCGUCUGUAUAUUAAGAGCCGCGUGAAAUUUUUUUAUAUUUUGUUAUACAAUAUAAAUGAACCGCCCGAAAAAUAUUUCAAGACAGUUCAGUUUUUUAUAUUUAAAAUUGGGUUUUUAGUGCCAUUUUAAACUGCCAAUUUCAAACAAAUAGAACCUUGAAAGAAAUUUCAUUGCAUUUUAACGGAACUUCGCAUUCAGUUCAAGGGUUCAGUCAUUGUUCGUGGAGAAAUAUGUUCAUUUUGGUUUGUGACAUUUCACUUUGGAAAUCACAGAAAUAUUAAAUGUUAGGAAUUAUUUUUUUAUUUAUUGAUGAUAAAUUAUAUAAAUAUAAAAUAUAAACCUCCUGGCUCUUCGACAUUUUCAAAGUCUAGUGAUGAGAAUCAAGGAAUUUAUUUUAUGUGGCCUAACACAAUUUAUUAACCUCGAAAUUUUUUCGACAACUCCCAAACGUUUGAUUAAAGAUUAAAUUUGCGAGAUUAAAUUGUUUGUUGAAGAAUUAACACGCGAAAAAUAACUAUCCAGGUAGCAAGUUAACUAUAAAGUUUAGUAUAUUGUUGCUUUCGUAAUAUGGCGUGUAUUCUAUUUAUGACACACUCAUCAGUACGUAUUAAACAACGAUAAUAUAUUGUACAUUAUGUUGUUUAAAACGAUCAAUUGUAAAGGCUUUCCGAAAGCUUAAAAAAAUUACAAGGCGGUGUUUGUAUUCAAAUAUAAGAACUUAUAAACACUAUUUUAUAUUUAUAUUAAUUGCUGAUAUAAAUUUAUAAAAACUCCGCGAGUAACGCUGAACGUGCUUCCGGUUAUCACAAAGGUAAACAAUAGAGCUAUUUAUAACCAUAAUUUAUGAAUUUCGCACUCCCUCAUAUUCCUUUUGCCGACAAGUUUUAUUGCGAAUAACAUAACUUUAAGUAUUCUACUUUAACCCUAAAAGUGUUUUAGACACCAGGUAGGUUGCACUUUUGAGAAUUUUUAGUUUGAAUUUUGUACCUAAUCAUAUGUUGUUCGGCGAAUGAAAAUACCGACAUCCUUGGAUGGAGACUAGUAGGCUUAAAAUAAGAUGUACAUUCAAAUUCUUUCAACAUUCUAAAAGAAGAAGAAUAUGUCUCAAUACGCUGAAAAAAGUUUUUAAUUUGACGCGAAACUUCCCGAGUUAUGAUGCACAAUUUAACACACAUUUUACCGCCGUUUUCGGGGUCAAAUUUCAGUGUCGCUGACGUCCAGACAAAAAUUCGUCAUAACUCGGAAAAAAAGAAAAAUUUGGAAAUUCUAAUAUUAGUUUAAUACCUUUUAGGACAAAGGUAGUUCAUGGUAAAAAUAUAAAGGAAAUCUAAUUUUCAACCUGAAACGCUCUGCAUGGUUCUUAGUGAGACAGCCACUUAAAUGGCUACUUACUGUAUAUUCUCGAUAUAGCAUUAUGGAUUUCGCAUAAUGGACGCAAUUUUCUCUAAAGGUUAAAUCUCCACAUUUUUGGGCGUGGUUACUGGUUACGGCAUUUUUGGUUGCAUUUUCAUGUUUCGCAGUCACGAAAUAUAAGUGGUUAGGAGGAUAGGGUUGGACUAGGUAUCUUGAUCUCGUCACAUGAAAAGAUAACCGCAUUUCUUGCGUGGAUAACAAGUAUUGUUGCAUGUAUUAACUUUAGCCUCCGCAGAUAACGUUACUAGACGUAACGUUGAUAUGUGUGAAUAUGUGUGCGGCUGGGAUUUCAUUCAUUUGGAAGAAAACCUAAAAACGACAAAACCCCAAAAUUUUCAAAAGUGACAAGGAAGGUUUCAUGGAAGAAACCUUCCUUGUAACUUUUUCAAUUAUCCAUUCGUAGCGCAACAUGCCCACGAAAUAAUUACGUUUCGCAAUCGUUUAACAUGAUGUAUUUCUGUCACAAAUUGUCAUUAAAAUUAUUCGGCUAAUAUCGCCUUUAGGUUUUAGUCAAACCAUUAGUGCAACAAACAGGUUCCUUAUUGCUUUUACUUUCAUUACAAGGGACCAGUGUCUGCAACAGAUAUGAAUCUCCAAGCUGGGGAUGGAGGAUGUGAGACUCAGGAUCUGGAAGGUUCACUUGCCAUUCCAAGGUGGAACGAUAUAUUUAAUCAAGAAGAGGUAUUUCAUGUUAUUUUUGACAUGGACGUUGACCUUCGUGGAAGUCGAAACAAUAUUCAAAAAUCAAUGUCAAGAUUGGCUAAACGCAAGUAAGGAUAACAUACUGCUUUUUAAGGGUUCCCAAGGGUUGUAUUUCAAUUAAUUGCUUUGUUAAUAUUUAUUUAUUUUUCAAGUCAUUACUGGUGGGUAACCGCAAACGAAAAUGGUAAAUUUCACUGGUUCAGAGCUUUUUCCAAUGGUGGUAGUCGUACGUCUUCUAAUAAUAAAAUCUCCAUACUUGGACUCGUUCUUACUUACGCUGAAUCGGAUGGAUCACUUACUCUCGCAAGUGCAGAUUACGACGAAUCUAGCAAGUAUUUUACAAAUAUCGACGAGCAUUUAAAAG